AUGCGUUUGCGCAGUCACCCCGAUCCCUUAGCCGACGGCAUUUACGACCGCUGUCAUGCCGCCGAGCUGAAGGUCUUCUGCUCCGCACGCGGCAUCGCGGCUCCGAUGUAUAGUACCAGACAGGCGCACUACGAGCGCAGGCGCCUCCUCAUCGCGGCCGACUUACAGCCGCAGUUCCACGUCUUCGUUCAUCUACCCGUCGAACUCAGACUGCGGAUCUUCGAAAUCGUCGUCGGCUCGCAGAACCGGAGAGAUACCGAAAAGCUGCUUCUCACCAACCAUGCUAGCUCUCAUGAAGCAAAGCAAAUCCAACACGAGAUCAUCCCCUUCAAGAUCUAUCUGCGGGUCGACCAUCGCGAGGCGACAAACACUAUAAGCACUAUCAUGACAGUCGGGAGGAGUGGAACAGAGCUCUCCUUCUACAGCUGGAUCAAUCAUACGAUUGCCGCUCAUGCGAGCUUGCUGGACGAUAAAUACCACAGCGCACUUAGCAUCGAGCAGCACUUUCCAGCGCAGCUCAAACAGUGUCGCCACAUCAAGCUCCAAUUCGCUAUUGGGUGUCGGCUAGGCUUCUCGACCCCGGUCACUCGCGAGACGCUGAUGUUGUCCGCCGCCACGCUCAAAGAUGCGCUCUGGCCAUUGCAAUACCUGCACCCUGGAAUCACGCUUUCGAUCGUCGGUGAGCUCCCACCAGGAUUCGACUCGGCCGACUUCGACGAAAAACGCGCGGCCAGCGAAGGAAAGCAAGACAGCAUCGCGCUCUACAACAAACUCCGCCCAAGCUACGAUCUCGCCAUCGGGCUGCUCGCGCCGAGUGGAAACUUGGCCCAACUUUCCUUGGCAAUCACGUUGAAGAACGCUAUGCUUACAGUGCGCCAAGUCGGAUCAAAUGGCAAUUUCGCGAGUACGAGCACGAGCGAUGAAGCGGCUUGCACUGCACUUCACAAGCUGGAGGAGGAGAUGUUGGAUGUUCCGAUGAAGAGCCUGCUAGCAGCAAAGGCCACGCUGGAGGCCAAGAAAGCCGAGGAGGAGAACGAGGAAGAGGGCGUUUUAAUUCACGUACAUCGGGGUCUGAAAUUCAUGAACAUCUGGCGAGCCCGUGACAGCGGUAGAAUCAAUCGUACAUUCACCUGCAGCCGAGCGAUGUCUACAUCUACUUCGCCCUCAACCUCCUCGUUCUGUCUUAUGCGCUUUCCCGCCCCCGCCGGCAGACCAUCUCUCUUCAACGAAUUCUGGCCACAGCCGGGCUACAUCGGAUACAACAGCGACGGAUCCGAGGUGGCAUAUGGCUGCACCGAAGCUCCCAGCACUUCAUUCCUUCGCGACGACUAUCCUAGCAAUGCGACCUCCUGCUACUCCAACAACACGAGCUACAGCAGCGCCAACGUUACCAACUUCGAGAACGCCCCAACUCCAGCUGGUACGACUGAGCUCAAUUCUUCUCUGGGGAUGCGGGGACUUGCGCCCGUGGGCGUUGUCGUGCUCGGUGUCAUUUUCACUAGUUACGGUAAGCAUCACUUUCCGGUCCCGACGUACACAGCUAACGUCCUAGGGAACCCCACCUUUAUGCAGGAGGGGAAGCGCUUCGCCCUCGUCGUGAUCGUGCUCGCCAUAUCGGUCUUCGUCUCCCAAAUGGAGUAA